UAGCAGGUGCCAUUAUCAACAUGUCAGCUCUAUCAGGAUCUGGGGCGCCGACGCACAGCAAACGCCUGUCAUCGGAGGCGGACCACGGUCAGAGGCUGGGGGACAUGGACUCAGGCCAGCAGCUGAAGCUGAGGGAGAGGCAGCGCUUCUUUGAGGAGGUGCUGCAACACGACGUGGACGUUUACCUCUCCACCUCACACCUGCAGAUCGACAACAAGAAACCGCCUAUGGGCAGCAUCUCGUCUAUGGAGGUGAAUGUGGACCUGCUGGAGCAGAUGGACCUGAUGGACAUCUCCGAUCACGAGGCCCUGGACGUCUUCCUCAACUCGGGCAGCGACACGGGCCCCCUCGCAUCCCCUCUCCCAGACGUCUGUGAUGAAGAUGACGAUGACGAAGAUAACGAUGAUGAUGAUGAUGAGGUGGUCUACAAGGACGGAGUGGGGCUCCAGGGGUCCAUCCGGCGCCGCCCGGGCUCCAAAGGCCAUGGCUCAUCCGGAUCCACGGGUUCCACCGAUCCCGACAGUCAGGACACAACGAGCGAGGGCGGGCCAGAGACCCCCGUCAUCCAAUCGGAUGAGGAGGAGGUGCAGGUCGACACGUUCCUCUUCUCCUCCACGUCAUCGGUGAAGGAGGAGGACGAGGAAGACGAUCACGAGGAGAACGACAAUUUGGCAGCUCGCUCCUCGUAGCAGUGCAUUGUGAUAGGGUGUAGCCGGCAUUGCGUUUAGGGUUA